AUGUCUCCCUCGGAAACUUUUCAUUGGUCUCAAAGUAUAUCACUAUUUAGCAGAAAAUUGUCACCUGCCCCAAUUGAAUCCUCAUCAGAACGCGAUGCUUUAUGGGCAACUUCGAUUCUUCUUGGUCUCAUUGCGUUCUGCAAUAUUGAGUCAAGGACCCCACAAGAAGCAUGGCCUCUGGUUCCACCUUCAUCCUUAGAUCUGAAUUGGCUUGUGAUGGGAUACGGGAAGUCGCAGAUUCUGAAACUGGUUCAAGACAAAAAAGCGAGUGCAUUCAGAACAUUGAUAGCACCUGAAACUUCCGCACUAUCCACACACAUUCGCCUUGAGACAUUGCCACAAGCUUUCAUCACAGUUUUUGAUUUGCAUUCAAGUUCUAAAUCAAAUGAUAAUCCAUAUCGUCUUGCGGUAUCUCUAUUGUCAGAUGUCAUCGACGUCGACGUUGAUAUUACCGUCAUCUUGAAGUUUUGUGCUUUUGUCGGCGAAACGCAUCCACAAUACAAAAGAUUGCUCUUCCAAAAAGAACCUCGAGCUCUCUUGUUACUGGCCUAUUGGUUUGGAAAACUUUGCCAAUUUCCACAUUGGUGGAUUUGGAGACGUGCAUCAUUGGAGUGCCAGGCAAUCUGCAUAUAUUUGGAGACUUUUCACAAACAUGACUUGGAUGUUCAGACUCUUUUAGUCUAUCCGAAAAUCAUGUCUGGGCUUUAG